CAGAAACUUGACCUCGGACGCUGUUGACUAUUUGGGAGACUGCCGUUCAAAAGCAAAGGACUAUGGCUAGUAAACGGCCAAGGAUGGAGGAAACUAGCUCUACACCUAACACGAAGAGUGAUGAGUGUGUGGGUCCAGAAACCUUUGCAGGAAGAGACUCUUCUGCUGUACAGAAGGAGGAAGAUGGCUCUAAAAGGAGCUCUCACUCCCCUACACCAACCGCGAAGAGUGAUGAGUGUAUGGGUCAAGCAAAGACCUUCACAGGAGGAGAUACUUCUGCUGGACAGUAAGACUCAAACUCAAAUACCGUGUCCAGCAGGGGGCAUCAGGCACACAGUCCAAGAGGACAGAAAAGACGGAGAAGGACUCUGCCUCAGAACACAGGUGUUCUCCAGAUGGACACCAGAAGAGGCAAAGAUCCAUGAGAAACUCAGAUCCACUCUGAAGAGCAAGUUUCCGCAGCUAGUUGAGGGAGUACCAAAUCAGGGAGACCCCAGACUACUCCAAGACAUCUACACAGACCUCUAUGUCACAAAGGGUGGAGGAGGAGGGGUCAGUUAUGAACAUGAGGUCAGACAGAUAGAGGUGGCAUCCUGGAGAGGAGAAGCAAAAGACACACCAAUCAAAUGCAGUGACAUCUUUAAACCAAUACCCAAAUCACAGGAUGACCGGAGAGGUGUUUUACAUUUACUCAUCAAAGGAGAAGCAGCAGAAGAUGGACCAAUUAGCAGCAUUAAUCCCUUAUCUGGACAACACAAACCCAUCAGAACAGUGCUGACCAAGGGAGUGGCUGGCAUUGCAGAAGUUUAUUCUGGUCUGGGCUGAAGGAACAGCCAAUCAAGAUGUCCACUUCAUAUUUCCUCUUCCUUUCCAGGAGCUGAACCUGAUGAAGGAGAAGAAACUCAGUCUGGUGGAGCUCAUUCAACACUUUUUCCCAGAAAUGAAAGAGCCAAGAAUCUUCACCAGUUCAGAGCACAGAAUCAUGUUCAUCUUUGAUGGUCUGGAUGAGUGUCGACUUCCUCUAGAUUUCCUUUUCAACCCGAGGUGUUGUGAUGUGACAGAGCCAGCCUCAAUGGACGUGCUGCUGACAAACCUCAUCAAGGGGAAUCUGCUUCCCUCUGCUCUCCUCUGGAUCACCACCCGACCAGCAGCAGCC